CGUCGAUGAGAUGAGCAGGGCAGGGCCGAAGCCUCAAGCGAAGGAUCGCGGAAUGGUUGCAACCCGGAGGCGAGUGUGUUGGGUGAUCCAUCAAUAGAGCUUCACUCGAGGAUCACCAUGUUCAAUUAUCUAUAUAAUGUGACGGUAGGCCAUCUCAAACGGAAUUCUCAUCAUCACCAUCACAACAAUCAACAGCCUCACAUUGCAACCAACACUCUCCUCUUCAAUAUCAUCUCAACCUCCCAACAUCAGCAUCUACCCAAAGAGAUUCAAAAUGUUCUCCUUCAAGGCCCUCACUGCCGCCGCUCUCCUCCUGGCUGCCAGCGUUUCCGCUGCGCCUACUCCUACCACCUACGAUUACCCCGAUGGCACUGUUGAGCUCACCGGAGUCACCCACUCGGUCGUUGCCGGCCUGGGCGGUCUCCGUUUCGACCCCGACAACGUUGUCGCUGAGAUUGGUGACAUUGUCGAGUGGCACUUCCUCAAGGUGAACCAUUCUAUCGCCGAGUCCAGCUUCGCCGAGCCCUGCAAGCCCCUUGCCGACGGCACCGGCUUCUUCUCCGGCUUCAACUUCUUCAUCCAGGACGGUCAGGCUCCCGACGUCUUCCAGAUCGUUGUCGUCGACAAGCUUCCCAUUUGGUACUACUGCCCCCAGACCAAGGGAAACCACUGCCAGAGCGGCAUGGCUGGUGUCAUCAACCAGAACUUCGACAACCAGGACUUCAGCCUGCGCCGCUACAAGGAAGUCGCUGCUACUACUGGUGUCUCCAUCGUUCCUCCUUACCAGCAGGGCGGUGCUGUCAUCCCCAACCCCAACCCCAACGGCGGCUUCUAAGCAACCAAUUGGUUCUUGGAUCGAGAGGCGGAUACAAGCAGACGGGGCACUUUCCUUUAAUCACGGCAUGGCAAUGCAAAUAGAUGCAUGGAUGGGAUCAGGGAUUUGGAAUUGCAUUUUGGGGCGUGCUUAACUGGGUUUUCUAUUCUUGA